UUCACUCCUCUUCAGUGUGCCGCUGCAGGCUGACACGUCCCUUCUUUUCGCAGCGCCGUGCCGUGUUUUGUUUGCCCCGCGGAAAUUAAAAACUGCCCGUGUACCGUAACAACGCCGCGAGAACCCGUUUUAAUCUGUCGGCGGUGGGAUGUUCCGCUGACCGCUGCGGGAGUCGUUUUCGAAAACUGCUUGAGUUUUUUCUCGGAGCAGCAACAGGGUAGAGAGGGGGAGGAGGAACCAUGAUGGCCCGGUUCCAGGUCGUUUUGCUUGUGGGGUUGGUGAUGGUGGCCGCGGUUGUGGCCAGCGAGGCCGGUGCUGUCGUGAAUUCGGGUGGACCGCAAAUGGUCAAGCUGCUUGAUGAGGAAGGUUGUGCCCAGCUGCGGAAUCUGUGUCCGAACAUUCCGCCUGGGGCGGAGGAUCUGAAGGGGCUGGAGUGUGUCCAGAAUCUGUCCCAGGAGCAGGUGGACGCGCUGAGUGACGAGUGUCAGCACCAGAUCUGGAGCCACACGUUGGCCCUGAUGGACGAUCGGAACAUUGAGCGGCUGGUGCAGAAGGGUUGUCCCAAGCACUACGACAAGUUCCCCUGCACGGUCAAGUCCGAGCCGGGUCAGUUCCUGGCGUGCGUGAUCGACCAUCGAGAACUCGUCAAAGGAAACGGCUGUCGCGAGUUCAUCCAACGGCUCGAGUACGUUGCCUUCUCCGAUUACCGGCUGAUUGGCCACUUCCUCAAGGACUGCACGCGGGACAUUGAGGCGCAGGGCUGCGGCCGCAUCAGCAACGACAACCGGAAGGUCUCCCAGGGUGAGACGAUUUCCUGUCUGCAGAACCGGUUGGACAAUUUGAACGGAGAGUGCAAGAAGGGUGUGCUGCACCUGUCGGAGAUUCAGUCGGACGACGUCAAGCUGGACCGGCAGCUGUUCCUUUCGUGCGCGGUGGACGCGAUCCGGUUCUGCCCCUCGAUCCCACCCGGGUCGCAACUGGUUCUCCGGUGUCUGAUGAAGCACCGCCAGGACACAACCAUGACCGAACAUUGCCAGAAGCAGCUACUAAGAAGGGAGCGACUGAUCGCGCACGAUUACAAGCUGAGCAAGGGUCUAACCAAAGCAUGCAAGGAGGACAUCAAGCUGCACCACUGCCGACGAGGCGUGUCCGACGACAAGGACGUCCGGUUGGCGCAGAUCCUCCUCUGCUUGGAAGCGGUUCAGAAGAACAACACCAAACUUGGACCAGACUGCCUCUCGGAAAUCAACGACCACCGUCGCAUGCUCAUGGAAGACUACAAACUGUCGCCGGAAAUCCUCACCGGUUGCGCCGACGACAUCGACAAGUUCUGCAGCAAUCUGGACGCCGGGGGCAAAACCAUCCACUGUCUAAUGGACCACGCGCGCCCGAAAAAGAAGAAAGAACGCCGCGUAACGGAGGUGUGUCAGCGGGCGCUGGAAACGCUCGUUAAGAUUGCGGACGUCGGUGAGGACUGGCGGGUGGAUCCGGUGCUGAGGAAGGCGUGCAAACCCGUUGUGGACAUGGCCUGCGCGGAUGCGGAGGGAGGCGAUGCGCGGGUCAUGUCCUGUUUGAUGGAGAAGCUGGGCACGAAGUACAUGCAGCAGGAUUGCGAGACGGCGUUGCUGCAGAUUCAGUACUUUGUGGCGCGGGACUUCAAGCUGGAUCCGCAGUUGUACAGAAACUGCAAGGACGACGCCAUCCGCUUCUGCAAGGCGAAGAAAACCUGGGCCGACCUGGACGCCGCCCAGAUGGACCCGGAACGGGGCCCCCUAAUUCUGCCCUGCCUGCACCGGUACGCGUACCACCCGGAGAAGGACAUGCAGCUGCGACCGGAGUGCUUCCAGGAGGUGAAGCGGGUGAUGCGACAGCGGGCACGGUCGGUCGAGUUGAUUCCGGAAGUUGAGGAUGAAUGUUUGGACGAUUUGGCGUAUUUUUGCUUCGAUAAGACGGGGAAGGGGGAGGAGAUGUUGUGCUUGCAGGAGAAUUUGGAGAAGCUGCAGCAGCACUGCAAGGACGCUGUUUCGAGUUAUACGGAGGAGGAGGCGGCGCACAUUGAGUUGAAUCCGGUGGUGAUGACGGUUUGCGGGGAUGCGAUGCAGCGGCACUGUGCGGAGUUGCUGAAGAGUGGCAAGGAUGAGGGCGAGAUGAUGGAGUGUUUGAUUUCGUACAAGAACGAUCCGGAUCUGAGGGCGGAUGUGAAGUGUCGCGCGGCGAUUGAGCACUUUCAGAUUAUAUCGUUGAAGAAUUACCAUUUUACGUACAAGUUCAAGGAGGCUUGCCGGUCGUUUGUGACGAGGUUCUGCCCGCAGAGUAACACAAAGUACGACGUGGUGGCGUGUUUGUCCGAGGUGAUGCGGAAUGAUACGAUUAAGGGGGCGAAGCAUUCGAUUCCGAAGGAGUGCCGGCAGCAGGUUCGGGCUCAGUUGUACCAGCAGCGGGAGAACAUUGACUUUGAUCCGAAGCUGAAGGCGGCCUGCAAGGAGGAGAUCGAGUCGUACUGCUUCAACGUUCCGCACGGAUCCGGCCAGGUGAAUACGAACAAUGUCCUGGAGUGCCUCCUCACGCACCACGGUAAGCUGGGCACGCAGUGUCAGCACCUGCUCUUCACCAUCAAAAAGUCCGAGCUCAGCGACUCCAGCACGGAUUACGUCCUGCUCAACACCUGCAAGUCCAUGAUCCAGCAGUACUGCCGCGAGACGGAACCAACCGCCAUGCUGGGCUGCCUCAAGAUCCACAAGGACGAGAAUCUGUUCGACGGGCAGUGCCACCUCGUCGUCGUGAACCGCAUGAUCGAGCAGAACAUGGACUACCGGUUCAACCCGACGCUGCAGAACGCGUGCGCCCGCGACAUUGCCGACCACUGCACGGACAUCGUGGCCGGUGCCAAAGCGAACGAAGAGCUCAACGGGAAGGUCGUGGGCUGUCUGAAGACCAAGUUCCGCGAGGGCAAGCUGCACGCCGACUGCGAGAAGCAAAUGACCGAAGUGCUGCACGAGCAAGCCCUGAACUACAAGCUGAACCCUCUCCUCCAAAGCGUCUGCCGGGACGAGAUUCAGGUGCUGUGUAGUCCAGCCGUGGACGCCGCAACCGUCGAAGAUCACGGCACCGUCGAAGAGUGCCUCAAGCAGGCUUUUAUCGGCAAGCGGCUGGUGAAUCCGGCCUGUAAGAUCGAGGUGGCGGAGCUGAUUCAGGAGGGGAAGGCCGACAUCUACGCGGACCCGAUGCUGCAGCGAGCGUGCGCCGUUGAUUUGCUCAAGUACUGCUCGAACGUGCAGAGUGGGAAUGGAAGGCUGCUGAAAUGUCUCGAGGUGAUUCUGCAGGACGAAUCGAAAGCCCUGGACGACGACUGUAAAGGCACGCUGCUGAAGCGGUUGGAAAUGUUCCGGAAUGCGGCGGUGGUGAUCCCCCAGGCGGAAAGCCUCGGCCAGCUGUACACGCAGGUGGUGGACUCGCCGUCGCGGCACUUUUUCCUGCUGGUCCUGUUCAGCUUCGUCGGGUUCAUCUUCAUCUUUGGGCUGCUGUGCGGACGCGUCACGCGACGAACCAUCGCGAUGAAGAACAAAUAGUCACGCCGGAGGUGCCAGCGCUGGUGGUGGUGGUGGCCAUCGCUUUCCUGGCCACGGUGCAAUCGUCGGCGGAGGUAUCCGGUCGAUGAUGACGAUGCCACCGCCAGGCUGGUCGCUUAUCUGUAAGGCAUUUCGCGUUUUAAAUUUUGCUUAAGGUAAGUCGCCAAAAAGAGAUAAAACAGCUCGCGCGGCUGUCGCGCUAUUCUUGUCUGUGUUAUAGACUUACGAUUAACUAGCGAAAACUGCUUAGAAUUUUGAGGAUUUUCUUCUUUCGCAAAACCAAACUGGUUCAAUUUGUCAUUCUAAGUCGAAACUUAUAUAUUUUAACAAUUAAAAGCGAGAAAAAAAGCGGUCAGCCCCUCUAUAAGUCCAUUUUUUGUAAUAUAUUAGUUAGAUUAUUUAGAUUUUUUAACCCCUUAAUACAAAUCAAGCUAAAACCCAGAUUGGUACUCCGUUGUCACCUAGUUUAACUGAACGGCACACGCUAUACGAGAAAAAAAAGUGACUAAUCCAUUGCAAUCGUGUGCGCUCAGUAGCAGAGCGGUGGGAGAAUGAAAUUGUAAAGUGAAAAAUAUAAGAAUAAUAAAAAAAACCUAUAAUUGUGAAGAGAAAAGCAACUAACCAGUGGGCAACUAAAA